AUGCCUGAGUCUCCUCUCAGUCCCUCGGCAACCCGUCAAACUCCAGCCAGCAGCCUGCUCAGUCACACAGACAACGGUGCAGGAGAGAGUGUAGCUAAUGGGGACUCCUGCAGCGGUGUGAGUGGUGAAAACUGGCAGUCUCUCCACCAGAAACAGGUUUUUCUGGCUAUGAUGGCUCCUCAGCACAUGCAUCACCUUCUGUCCCCCAACCAGCUGCAGGCGCUGAUCCACCAGAAGCAACAGGCUCUCAUUCUCCAGCAGCAACACCUGAAAGAGUUUUACAAGAAGCAACAACAGCAGAUUCACCUGCAGCUGCUUCAACAGCAGCCAAGCAAGAAAGUCAAAGAGCUUCCUGCACAGCAGCUCGUGUUCCAGCAGCUCCUCCAGCUGCAGCAGCAGCAGCAGCAGCUCCUCCGGGUGCAGAGACCCGUCCUGUCCUCUCCUGCUCUCUCUCCAGGUGGUUUCAGCUCUGCAGAGAUGCAGCAGAUAUGGAAAGAGCUCACAAAUGCAAUGACUGAACAUAAAACCACAUCGCAGGGCAAUGAGGACUCUUCUACUAACAACAUAAUGUCAACAAAAGUCACACGGAGACAGGCCGGUGACCAGCAGACGUCCUCUCCCAGCAGGGCAGAAUGUGCUGUUAAAGCUGAUUGCGCUGCCAUACACACUCUCUACAGCCACAGUGUGUGUAAUUGGCCCGGAUGUGAGGCGGUGUGUGAAAGCUUCAGCCAGUUCAUCAAGCACAUAGGCAGCGAGCACACUCUGGACGACAGGAGUACAGCACAGUGCAGAGUCCAGAUGCAGGUGGUUCAGCAGCUGGAGCUUCAGCUCUGCAAGGAACGGGAGCGUCUGCAAGCGAUGACUGCUCACCUGCAUCUGCCGUCUUUAGAAGCUCAGUCGAUCUCUGCACCCACGAGUCUGCAGUCGCCACAGUCUGAUACAGCUGCUGACCCACGCAGUCCACAGCUCAGCUCAGUCGGCAUCACCAACAACCUGCCCUCGCUGAGCCCAUCAGACUCAGCCCAGACGUCCCCCCAACCUCCGGCCCGUGUCAGCUCUCCCUCCCAGGGGUGCGAGGAGGAGUUCCUCACUCACGCAUCAUGCGCCGGGGCCAUAAGACAACGCCAUCAUCCUUUGGUCUACUCACUGUCUUCAGAAAAUGAAUAUGAACUCUAUAAGAACACCGAUAUCAGGCCACCUUUCACCUAUGCAACACUGAUAAGACAGGCUAUUAUGGAAACAUCAGACAUGCAACUAACACUCAACGAGAUAUACAACUGGUUCACACGGACAUUUGCUUAUUUCAGACGCAACGCUGCCACUUGGAAGAACGCAGUGCGCCAUAACCUGAGCCUGCACAAGUGUUUUGUGCGUGUGGAGAAUGUGAAAGGCGCGGUGUGGACGGUGGACGAGGUGGAAUACCAGAGGAGAAGAUCCCAGAAGAUCACAGGGAGUCAAUCACUGAUGAAAAAUGUGUCCUCCAGCGUGGAUUUUGGGGGCGUUCUGAAUGCCAGCUUACAGAGUGUUCUGGCUGAGGCAUCACUGCCAGGAUUCAAGAAGGAGCGUGUCAGCAGAAACUCCAGGUGUCAAAUACAGAAGGACAAAGCAACAAACAGCAACAGCCACAGUAAACAGAACUUCUCUCCACGAGUCCAGCAGUCUCUUUUGCUUAUAGAUGACACACUGAAUCUGAAUGACCAAGAAUCUCUAAUGCCAGCAGUAAAUCCAGCCAAUCUGCAGCACAACUUGACUGAAAAUGAUGAUGAGCAUUUGUUUGAUCUUGAAUGA